UCACGGUUGAAAGGUGAGAGUUCACAUCCUUCCUGCUGAAAGGAUGAUGGCGGUGGAGGUUGUUGUCUGCCGGUUCUUUUGUUUCCUGCUGGCUCUCAGAGUGGGCGCCGGCUCAGAAGCAGAGGGUGUCGGAGAGAAGUUCAAAAUCGAGGGUCGGGCGGUGGUACCCGGCGUCAGGCCGCAGGAUUGGAUCCACACGGCGCGGGUGUUGGUGGAGGGAGAGGAGCACGUCGGCUUCUUCAAGACAGAUGGAACUUUCACUGUAAAUGAUGUUCCUUCUGGUUCAUAUGUCGUGGAAAUAGUAUCACCAGCCUAUCGCUUUGAACCUGUGCGAGUGGACAUAACCUCCAAAGGUAAAAUCAGAGCAAGGCAUGUGAACUAUUUAAAGGCAUCUGAAGUUAUUAGGUUGCCAUAUCCCAUACAAAUCAAAUCGUCUGGCCCUCCGCCAUAUUUUCUGAAGAGAGAAACAUGGGGCUGGACAGAUUUCCUCAUGAAUCCUAUGGUCAUGAUGAUGAUUCUUCCUUUGCUAAUCAUCCUCCUGUUGCCUAAAGUGGUCAACACAAAUGACCCUGAGAUGAGGCGGGAGAUGGAGCAGUCCAUGAACAUGCUAAACCCAAACCAUGAAUUGCCAGAUGUUUCAGAGUUCAUGACCCGCCUUUUCUCUUCCAAGUCAUCUAAAUCUGGAAGUGGCAGCAAGGCUGGCAAAAGUGGUGCUCUGAAAAGGAGGUAGUCUUUCCUUCACCAAGUCAUUCAAGGUUAUUACGUGCACAAAAUACCAGUUUAUGCUCUUUCUAAGAAAAUUGAAAUCGCCAGUAGAUAAAAUACUGAAAGCUUCUUACAAAGAAAAGUAAAAUUUGAAAAGAAGCAUACUUGGCUUCUUGAAGGCAAUGGGCUUGGUAUUUAUGUAUAUAUGGAAACAUCAAAACUUCUGUGUGCUUGCAGUGAUUAGUGUAUUCUGGAGACUUUCUUAUUUAAUUGAGUGUAACUCCGAAUAAUAUUCCAGUUUAUUUACUGCCACUUUUGGUAAGUAUUUUUUAAUACAUUCACAGUUGUUCAAGAGAUUAAAGUAAUAUAAAACCAAAAUUGUUCAAAUCUCUGUUCAAUUUCUCAAGCAUGAGGCAAUGCUAUGUCUCAAAUUAAUGAAAAUAUAUUCAAGAUAACUUGUUCUGAGCUAUGUAUAUUUCAAGUGCGCACAAUAAAGUAAUACAAAUAAA